AUGGACCCCUCGCAAGUCACCAUCCCCCCACUGAAGGACCUCAACAUCGACAACAUCACCGAAAAUGUCAUCCUCAUCAACUCGCUAUGCCAGGACGCGCGCAUGAAAUACGUGCUGGAGCGUCUGGUCUCGCACCUGCACGACUUUGCGCGCGAGACGCGACUGAGUUCGGAUGAGUGGAUGGCCGGGAUACAGUUUUUGACGGCGACGGGGAAGAUAUGCAGUGAUGUUCGACAGGAAUUCAUCCUCCUGUCAGACGUGCUCGGCCUAUCCCUGCUCGUCGACUCAAUCAACCAUCCCAAACCACCAAACUCAACCGAAGGCACAGUCCUCGGCCCCUUUCACACGCACGAAGCACCCACUUUGGGCCAGGGAGAAAGUAUCUCACAAGAUCCCGCCGGCGAACCACUACUCGUCGCCUGCUCAGUGCGCGAUACACGGGGUAACCCCAUUGAACAAGUCAAGAUCGAUAUCUGGGAAACAGACUCGACGGGCCAUUACGACGUGCAGCACGCUGAUCGACAGGGACCCGAUGGCCGGUGCGUGAUGCGCUCUGAUGCACAGGGGAAUUUCUGGUUCAGGGCUAUCAAACCUGUGCCAUAUCCGAUUCCGCAUGAUGGGCCCGUGGGUGCGCUGUUGAAGAAGUUGCAUCGUCAUCCGUAUAGGCCGAGUCAUAUGCACUUUAUGUUUGAGAAGGAGGGUUAUGAUCAUUUAAUCACAUCGCUCUAUCUCCACAACGACCCCUACGAAACGUCCGACGCUGUCUUUGGCGUCAAGGACACCCUCGUCGUCGACCUGGGCAGAGUCGAUGCCGCGCUGGCUGCCAAGUACGGCGUCGCAGAGGGCGCUUGGUUGAUGACCUAUGACUUUGUGCUGGUGACGGAGAGUGAGACGGCCGAUUUGCGCGCGUAUAAUUCAAAGGUUGCGCUGGACAAGUUGGGGAGGAAAGUCAAAAUUGUGAAUGGGCUGCCGAUUCCGGAUCUCGAUUAG